AUGACCAUCGGAGAUCAUCGAGAGCAGAUCGCCCUUGCAGUAGCCAAGUUAGGCUCCUCGCCACUCUUCAUUGGGCACGAAUGGCUACGCUUCCACAACCCUAGCAUUGAUUGGGAGACCUCCACGGUGGUGUUCGAUCGUUGCCCGGAGCUAUGCACCAAGCUCCAGGACCACAUGCACCAAGAGGAGGAGGCAGAAGAUGUCAUCGACCUACCGGAGCUUCAGGAGGGAGAACGGUUGCUUGCACUCGAUUGGGAAGGCUUUCUACGCGCAGGCGCUGAGCAGCUACGCGCCAC